AGGCAGACAGAGGGUGAGACAGGCAGGCUGACAGACAGGCGGGCAGAGGAGGAUGGGCUGGCGGAGCGGCCGUCGGUAGCGGUGAGUCGGAGCUCCAGGAUGAGCGUAGCGCUGCAGGACCUCAGGAACACCAUGUCCAACUAUAAGCGAACUACGCUGGAGGAGGAGGAAGUGUCAGAUGCUCCUGCUGAUGGAAACUCGUCUCCGGACAGUGUGGAGGUGGGCUUCAGGAAGGGCGGGGUGGAUAUUCUGGGCAGGAGAACCCAGCUGGAGGUUCUGCUGUCUGUCCUGCUGCUGGCCGCCAUGCUGGCCCUGCUGGCCUGUCUGCUGGCCCUGGGCCUGGGCUACCAGUCUGACGAUGGGCGGGGCCUGUGCCUGUCCGAGGCCUGCAUCACGGUGGCCAGUCAGAUGGUGGAGGCCAUGGACCGCGGCGCCGACCCCUGCCACGACUUCUACCAGUUCGCCUGCGGAGGCUGGAUGAGGAAGAACCCACUGCCCGACGGACGCUCGCGCUGGUCCACCUUCAACAGCAUCUGGGAGCAGAACCAGGCCCUGCUCAAACACCUGCUGGAGAACGGGACGUUUAACGGCAGCAGCGAGGCGGAGAGGAAGACGCAGGCCUACUACCUGUCCUGCCUCAACCAGCAGAGGAUAGAGGAGCUGGGCGCUCAGCCUCUUGUCGACCUCAUCGCCAAGAUCGGGGGGUGGAACAUGACGGGUCCCUGGGACAAGGAGAACUUCAUGGAGGUUCUGAAGGUGGUCUCUGGUCCUUACCGAGCACAGCCCUUCUUCACCGUGGGCGUGAGCGCUGACCCCAAAAACUCCAACAGCAACGUCAUCCAGGUGGACCAGUCAGGGCUAUUCCUGCCAUCCCGAGACUAUUACCUCAAUAAGACAGCCAAUGAGAAGGUGCUGGCAGCCUACCUGGAGUACAUGGUGGAGCUGGGGCUGCUGCUGGGAGGGGAGAGGAGCUCCACCCAGAUGCAGAUGCAGCAGAUCCUGGAGUUUGAAACGGCACUGGCCAACAUCACCGUGCCGCAGGACCAGCGCCGCGACGAGGAGAAGAUUUACCACAAGAUCACCGUGGCAGAACUGCAGCUGCUGGCCCCGGCGGUGGACUGGCUGGACUACCUGUCUUCCUCUCUGUCACCUCUGGAGCUGAACGACAGCGAACCUGUCGUCCUAUAUGCCAGGGAGUACCUGCAGCAGGUGUCUGACCUCAUCAACAAGACUGACCGCAGUCUGUUGAAUAACUACAUGAUGUGGACGCUGGUGCAGAAAGGUGUGGCCAGUCUCGACCAGCGCUUUGAAAAUGCUCAGGACAAACUGCUGGAGAGUCUCUACGGCACCAAGAAGUCCUGCACCCCCCGCUGGCAGACGUGUAUUGGGAACACCGACGACACGCUGGGCUUCGCUCUGGGCGCGCUCUUCGUCAAGGCCACCUUCGACAAGCACAGCAAGGAGAUCGCUGAGGAAAUGAUCAAUGAGAUCCGCUCUGCGUUUAAAGAGGCUCUGGAUCAGCUGAGCUGGAUGGACGCGCAGACUCGACAGGCUGCUAAAGACAAGGCAGACGCCAUCUACGACAUGAUCGGCUUCCCUGAAUUCAUCCUGGACCCCAAAGAGCUGGACGAUGUCUAUGAUGGGUACGAGGUGUCAGACGACAGCUUCUUCCAGAACAUGUUGAACUUCUACAACUUCUCAGCCAGAGUGAUGGCAGACCAGCUGAGGAAGACUCCUAACAAAGACCAGUGGAGUAUGACUCCUCCUACAGUUAAUGCCUACUACAUGCCCACUAAGAACGGCAUCGUCUUCCCCGCCGGGAUCCUGCAGGCACCUUUCUACGCCCACGACCACCCAAAGGCGUUGAACUUCGGAGGGAUCGGGGUGGUGAUGGGUCACGAGCUCACACACGCCUUCGAUGACCAGGGGAGGGAGUAUGAUAAGGAGGGGAACCUGCGUCCGUGGUGGCAGAACUCGUCGGUGGAGGCGUUCCGGCAGAGGACCGAGUGCAUGGUGGAACAGUACAGCCAGUACACCGUCAACGGAGAACACAUCAACGGCAAGCAGACGCUGGGAGAGAACAUCGCCGACAACGGAGGCCUGAAGGCCGCCUAUCAUGCCUACAGGUCGUGGGUUCAGAGGAACGGCGAGGAGAAGAGACUUCCUGCAGUCAACCUGACCAACGACCAGCUCUUCUUUGUGGGAUUUGCUCAGGUGUGGUGCUCAGUCCGGACACCAGAGAGCGCUCAUGAGGGUUUGGUGACGGACCCCCACAGCCCCCCCCGCUACCGCGUCAUCGGCACGCUCGCCAACUCGCCGGACUUCAGCCGCCACUUCAGCUGCCCUGCAGGAACUCCCAUGAACAGCGGGAGGCGCUGUGAGGUGUGGUAGAGCCGGCGGGACGGGGGCCGGGGGUCUGAGGGUUGGCCGCUCUCUUAAUUAGCAGAUGAGUUGCUUAAUUAGCUCUUUAUUAGCAGGCCAGUCAUUUGAUUAGAGGGCGUUUCUGUUGGGGGGGUCAUAUUUAAUUUCCUACAGAUAAUAUUAAUAUGUUCAUUAACGACGGGCCACCUGACACAGUGGUUACCCUCACUUCCUCUCCGUUGCCAUGGAAACUUUACGGACACAUGGGACUUCUACCUGUCAGAUGAACGAGGACUUAACGAUGGACGCUAAAUGGACAAAUGAAGGACCACGACAAGGAGGAGGAGGAGGAGGAGGAGGAGGAGGAGGAGGAUGAAGGAUGAAGGAUGAAGGACAGGCCAUGUGCUCCUGCUGAGGAUCAGGACUGUGGCUUUAUUAUUAUUAUGAGCUGCUGUUUAGCAUCAGUGGGUUUCUGCUUUAGGUCGUGUGUGUGUGUGUGUGUGUGUGUGUGUGUGUGUGUGUGUGCGGUCAGUGUGUGUGUGUGUGUGUGUGUGCGGUCAGUGUGUGUGUGUGUGUGUGUGUGUGUGUGUGUGUGUGUGUGUGUGUGUGUGUGUUCAUUGGACUUGGCCUGGUGAAUGUCUCUGUGUGUCUCUGCUCGUCCUCGUCGCUCUCUCAGAUGAAACCACUGUGAUGACCUCACAGGAAGUGCUGGGCUCUCUCUGUGAUGACCUCACAGGAAGUGCCGGGCUCUCUGUGAUGACCUCACAGGAAGCGCCGGGCUCUCUGUGAUGACCUCACAGGAAGCGCCAGGCUCUCUGUGAUGACCUCACAGGAAGCGCCGGGCUCUCUGUGAUGACCUCACAGGAAGCGCCGGGCUCUCUGUGAUGACCUCACAGGAAGCGCCGGGCUCUCUGUGAUGACGUCACAGGAAGCGCCGGGCUCUCUGUGAUGACCUCACAGGAAGCGCCGGGCUCUCUGUGAUGACCUCACAGGAAGCGCCGGGCUGUCUGUGAUGACCUCACAGGAAGCGCCGGGCUCUCUGUGAUGACCUCACAGGAAGCGCCGGGCUCUCUGUGAUGACCUCACAGGAAGUAGAUUGAGUUUUGCUUCCUGGCAGGAUGGAGGCGGCGGCCACACUUCCAGUCACUCAGCAAACCAGCCGGUCAGAGGAUCAGUCAGUCAGUCAGCCUGUAAGCGUCUCCUUGCUCCUGCGUGACCCGCCGGCGCCUCCCUGUGGAGAGAACGAGGAGCUGCACCGCCUCGGUUCUGCUCCAGAAUGAAUCAAGUGGAGGAACUACUUUGUCCGUGUAUCCCUACGCCGCAGCUUCAGCCACCGGGCGUGUGAACAAACACUCAGCGCUGAGGGGAGCCGCGGCGUAGGGAUACACAGACAAAGUAGUUCCUCCUGUUUGGAGGUCAGAGGCUGUAAAAGAGCGGGAAAAUGAAUCCCUGACCAACGAGUGGCUCUUUGUCAGGAGGACCCGGGGCGUUCUGCAGCCCCCGCAGAGCGGAGAACCACAAGAACCUUUAAAGGAACAGCAGCUGCUAGCGGAGCUGCUAGCGGAGCUGCUAGCUUAGCUGUAGCGGAGGGAAAGUCCUGCACCUUCAGAGCUGACGAGUCCAGACCCUUCCCCCUGAGCUUCUGGGUUAGGUUAAGGGUUCUCACGCUCAGGGUUAGGGUUCUCACGCUCAGGAGGAGAACCCACUGUUCUGUUUGUUCUCUCAUGUCAGCUGCAGACAGCCUCACUGUGGAAGGGGCGGUCCCAGGUGGGUGAGGUGCAGAGGAGGGGCUCACCUGGACGCAGCCGAGCGGCCACGUCUGAACCUGCCCCACCAUCAAUCCCAGAAUGCAAUGCUCUGUUAUGUUGGACAGGACAGCUAAGCUAGCAGCUUCCUGCUGAGCUAACUAACGUUAGCACACCUGCUCACACAACAACCACUAACUAGGCUGCUGUGUGUGUGUGUGUGUGUGUGUGUGUGUGUGUGUGUGUGUGUGUUACUGCUUCCUGCUAGUAAAGAAGUAACUAAGUCCAUCUUGACUAUAUUAAGCAGCCUGUUCCAUCCUGCUGCCCUUCACUGCUGAUGACAUCACUGCUGGUGACAUCACUGCUGGUGACAUCACUGCUGAUGACAUCACUGGUGACAUCACGGCCUGCUGGUGUGUGUCAGUGGAAGGGAGAUUCUGCUGAAGCUGCUUUUGCCAAAGAUUUUGUUGUUUAACUUGAGAAUGAAUUAUUUUGACUUUGCAGUUUAUGAAGUCAGUGGAUCCCCUGUGUGUGUGUGUGUGUGUGUGUGUGUGUGUGUGUGUGUGUGUGUGUGUGUGUGUGUGUGUGUGUGUGUGUGUGUGUGUGUGUGUGUGUGUGAUCAUUAGUGGUCAGUUGUCUGGACUCCCGUGCUUCUGUCAUCUAUCCAAGGGAUUUUAUCUCCACCUGCGGUCUGCGGCCCCCUGGUGGUCUGUUGAGGUAGUGCAGGUGGCUCCUGACCAGGUAUUCAAUAACAGAGUUUGAAUGCUGGAAUCUUUUUUGUUGUCGUUGUUUGUUUAUUUGUUGUUGUUGUUUAUUUUUUGUUUGCUUUUUUAAUAUUUUCAUUUAUUACUUCUUGUUUGUGAAUAAUCAAAUUCAUUCAAAUAUAUGACAUUUAUAAAACUCCAGGUGAUCCUGCUAAUGUUGGAGUGGGUCAUGUAUCCAGCUGUACAUGCGUAUAUAUGUAUGUGUAGAUAUACAUGUAUAUAUGUAUGUUAUGUGCGUGUGGCGUCCAGGUGAAGUGAUGGUUGACGGACAGGUGACAUGGCCCUGAUCAGCUGACUCACUGAUGAGCUUUCAUUACCUGCUCUCAGGCGGCAGGACAACUCACCUUGUUUUUCAAUUGAGCCUUAAACAGCGUCUGGUGGCGUGAAGCGUCCCGGGACCUCAGAGGAGCUCCCAGUGCAGCGAGUACCAGCCCACUUCAAACACUGGUACUACAGCAGUACUACAGCAGUACUACAGCAGUACUGCAUUCAGAACACUUGAUCUUCUUCGUAUACUGCAAAGCGUUUAGAGCUCAGCAGUGUACAUACUACUGCCCACAGUACUACAGCAGUAUUACCACAGUACUACUGCAGUAUUACCACAAAGCAUAUCUAGACGGAGAGCUGAACAGAAAUGUGCCAUCCAUCCUGCCAAAGGACAUUACCCAUGAUUCCAGAGGGUGCCAGGCUCCUUGUAUCCGCUGUACAUGAGACCAUCUUGUGUGUACUUGUGUAUCUUUGCCUUAUUUAAUUCAACAGUUCUUGUAUGAUUGUGUACGUGGCGUGUUCUGUUAGUAACAGUCGAUAAAGUUUGAACAUGUUGGAGGAAACCUGAGGAGCGCUCACUUUAUCUUCUCUUGUAAGCGAUGUGUUCCUCUUCACGGCUGUUUCAAGUGCCUGAGAAGACAAACCGAGCGCUCCUCCGCUUCCUGUCCGGCCGUCUGGGCGCCGCCGCGGCUUCACGUGUUCACAUCCAGCACCCAGCUACGUCUGACGUGGUGGCGGCAGAGGGGGCGGGGCUAGGCCUCACCUCGCCGCCACCGAAACGCGUCAUGCAAAGUAAUUCCAUGUCUCGCACAGUCUUAAAAUGCCCGUGUGCUUGGAAGCGAAGCGAGGUCGAAGAUGAAGGUGUCACCUCUGUGCUGUACAACAUCCACCUGAAUAAAGAUCUAUAUCUACAUGAAUAUAUAUUAUGAA